AUGGCCAACUCAGUUAACCUCACAGCGGUCUACUCCGCCCCUCAAUCCACCGAGACCUUCCAGCACGCAAUUCCCUCUGAUAGUGCCGACACUCUGGCAGCAAAGCAAGCCCACCUCAAUGCACUGCAAACCCUCGUCCCCAAACUACAGGACCAGAUCAAUGUGUUCCUGACUGAGCGCAUGGAAGAGGACAAAAAGGUCCAGGGCCAGAUCUCCGCACAAGAAUCCAAGGAAGAGGAAAACUACGGAGAGGAGGUCGUUGAGGAUGAUGCAUGA